UCACGAUUCGACAUUGCUAUUCAACCCAUCUGUCAUUUCUCUUCUCCUGUCUCACACGUAACUCGCGAUGGGCAUCUUUACUCACUCUGCAGAGGAUGACGUCCUUGUCUCUGCCUCUUUCCCUGAAACUAAUGCAUUCGGCAAUGUCGUCAAUGGAGAGGAUAACAACAUUCUGAUCCACUUGAUUAACUCCGGCUCCAAAAACUACACCCUCGUGUCUGCUUCUGCCAGUUACCAUGAUCCUGCCAACCAUUGGGCUCUGGUCAAGAAUGCGACCACCCUGAAGUAUGGCGUCCCUCUUGUUAGUGGCGCUAACUUCUCCGCCCCCUACCACGUGUACUCUGAAUUCCGUCCCCAGGAACUUGGUCUCACCGUCACGGUCAAUCUCGCCGAGACUGGCACGAAGGAUCUACAUUAUAUUACUGCUAUGAACCGGACAGUUUCUAUCGUUGAAGCCCCUGGUUCAUGGCUCGAUUUCCAACUCAUCUUCCUUUAUCUUAUCCUUGGUACCGCUCUUACCCUUGGCGGGUGGUGGGCAUACGACUCCUACUUCGCACCCAAGAGCAAGGUUAAGGGGAAAAAGAAGUCUGGUCCUGGACCUAAGAAAGUCCAGGCUGUUGUGCCCGGGAAGGAGAGUGUGUAUCCAGAGGUCAAGCCAUAUGAGGAGGAGUGGAUCCCGGAACAGCUUCUGAAGAGCAAGCAGAACAAGCUGAAGAAGAGAAACGUAGACGGAGCCAGCUCGGCUGGGGAGAUAACUAGCGGCGGUGAGACAAGUGGAGCAGAGGGUAAAGGGAAGAAGAGGAAAGGUAAGAAGGCGUAGAUUGCGUAGAUUGCUUGGGCUAUGCAUGUGUUGUUCAAAUCUCUCCAUUUAGGAGUUUUGACGAGCACUACAGUUGCAGCACCUGCAUCAUCAUCCUUCUAGCCAUACCAUCAUCUUCGCAUGAUUUU